GUUCUUUGACAGAAGACACCACUGAAUAGUUUCCAAGACUGAUAUUUUAUUUCAAGAAAUCCUUUAUACAUUUUCUAAAUGGCAAGUGGGCAGUUUCUUACAGAUAUUAUCGUUGUUUCUGGUAAAGAUAAAUGCCCACAAGGCUACACAAUUCUUAAUGCAACCAUCAAUGGCCAGGAUGCUAAUCUUUAUGAAGGGUCUUUUCUGAAAGGAGGAGAAAGAUAUUUAUGUUUUGCAAGAAUACAGAAUUCGCCAACAAUAGUGACAGAUUUAAACAUAGUGAAAGAUAGAGAUUCUAUUCCUGUUGGUUUCACUGCUAUUAAAAAUUGUUUCAAUGAUUCAAGUGAAAAGGCAUUGCGCAAACAUGUACUAUGCUUAAAAAAAGAUAGCAUUCGGACAGCUGCAAGUGGUGUGGUGAACAUUGUGGCUAUUCAGCUGUCAAAAGGAGAAAAAUUUCAGGGGAAUUUGUAUACAAUUUCAAAUGAAGUAAAUGGGCUCAAUGUAGGUUUUCAAACAGUCCCAAAUUCAAAUGUUAGACAGCCACCAUCUUAUAAUUCUGCAAUGAAGUACAGACCUCCAAAUGUACAAUCAGGUUAUUCUGGAUCAAACCAGCCAUUACCUUAUCCCUCUGGACAGCACCAUGUUAUGCCUGUUCCUAUCAGCUUACAAGGUACAGCACCACCAACACACAAUCAGCCAUCUUCACCUAGCAAUAAACACAUAUCAGCUAUUCAUGGUGUGUUGUUUCAAGUUAAUCCAAAAUUUGAAAUGUUGUGGAAAAAACCUAAAUCUGAUAAAAUUGUUAGUGCCCGAACUCUUGAUGACAUUGAGAGAAAUUAUGGUUACACAUUUGAAAAGGAACAAAGCAUCCUAUCUUCAAGAUAACUAACAUAUGUCUAAAAAUAGUAAUUUCAUGCAAAAAAGUAGAAAUUAUUAAAUCCUACCUCCCUCCUCCCAAGCUAUUCUGUUAUAUUUAGAGUAUAGAUAUUCAAGAAAUGUAAAUAUAAGUCAUUGAGGGUAUAUAAGUUCCCUAACCUCACUGUUAAAUAUAUUAUCAAGUGUAUUUGAAAUAAAACUAAUUUAGUUAU